UUUGUGGUGCAUCACGACAGCAAGCAACAUGGCAGCUAUUUCUGUUCGGAAAUUGGUGAAGGAUCCAGUAUGGAUGGUUUUGAAGAGAAAUAUCUCCAUGACACCAGCUCGGUUAGGAACACAGAUGACUGUUCGUGAUGCACUGAAUUCUGCCCUAGAAGAGGAAUUAAAAAGAGAUGAAAGAGUAUUUUUGAUGGGAGAAGAAGUUGCUCAAUAUGAUGGAGCUUAUAAGGUAUCCAAGGGGUUGUUGAAUAAAUUUGGAGAAAAAAGAAUCAUAGACACACCAAUCACCGAGAUGGGGUUUACUGGAUUAGCUAUUGGCGCCGCCAUGGCUGGAUUGAAGCCUAUUGUUGAAUUCAUGACAUUUAAUUUCUCCAUGCAAGCCAUAGAUCAGGUGAUAAAUUCAGCCGCUAAAACAUAUUACAUGUCGGCCGGAGCGGUACCAGUAAAUAUUGUUUUUCGUGGACCAAAUGGUGCUGCUGCUGGUGUGGCCGCUCAACAUUCUCAGUGUUUUGGUGCUUGGUUUGCUCAUUGCCCUGGUUUAAAAGUUGUCUCCCCUUAUAGUUCAGAAGAUGCUAAAGGUUUAUUAAAGGCUGCAAUCAGAGAUCCUAACCCAGUUGUAUGUUUAGAAAAUGAAAUUUUAUAUGGUUUGCCAUUUGAGAUGUCAGAUGAAGCAAUGGGUGAAGAUUUUGUUAUACCUAUUGGUAAAGCUAAAAUUGAAAGAGAAGGUAAACAUGUAACAUUAGUAACACAUACCCGAUAUGUUGGUAUUUGUUUAGAAGCAGCAGAAGAAUUGGCUGGUAAAGGUGUAGAAUGUGAGGUUGUUAAUCUUCGAUCUUUACGACCUUUAGAUGAAGAAACUAUAAUAAAUUCUGUUAUGAAAACGAAUCAUUUAAUAACUGUUGAAGGAGGCUGGCCACAAUAUGGUGUAGGUGCUGAAAUAUCUGCUUUAGUUUCAGAAAGUUCAGCUUUUAAUUACCUUGAUGCUCCGAUACUUCGUGUGACAGGUGCCGAUGUUCCCAUGCCCUACGCUAAAACACUAGAAACUAAUGCCUUACCACAAGCAUUCAACGUGAUCAAAACUGUAAAAAAAUCGCUGAAUAUACCCUGAUAACAAAUUAUGUGUUUAGAGUUUGAGAUUAUUGAAAUUAUUAUAUAGGUACAUUAAAUUUCUGUUGACAAAUGGUGACUUUUAACAUUUAAACACUGAUUUAAUUAAUAUGCAGGGGCUUGAUGUACAUACUUUCAGUAUUAAUAAACAAUUAAUUAAGCUUGAUGUUAUAAACCUUUAACAGAUAAGUUUUAAUAUUUUAAUUAGAAUAUAUAAACCAAAUCUAAAGAGAUAAAAAAAUUUAAUGCCUGCUAGUCUAUGAGUUCAUUUCGAAAUCUAUAUAAGUUGUAAGCAUAAACCUCAUUUUUGUAUUUCUGAAAUGAUCUUCUUCAAAGAUGUUUAUAGACAUAUUGUCCCUUGAAUACUGUUUGAAAUUCUGUGGUUAUAUAGAUUUUGUUGUGAUAUUCUGAUUUUCCUUGCCUAUUUAUAGUUAACCAUAGUACUUACAUGAAUUAGGGUAAUUUGGACCACUGUUUAUUAUAUAAGAUUAAAGGCACUUGCUGUCAAAUUUAACUAGUCUCAUUCUUCUACCAUUAAAGGCACUUGCUGUCAAAGUUAACUUGAUGAUUUAUAUACUACCAUUAAUUUUGUAAGGUCCGGUGAUACUCAAAUGACAGAAGCUGGGAUAAAACAGGUUAGCUGAGGCGUAGUAUAUUAAAAGGUAGAUCUGAUAGAAGUCUAUUUAUUCUGUGGAUAUGAUUAGAUCUGGAGAAAAUUAUAAAUUUCAAUCUUUUAACAGUUUUACAGCCAGUAUGUUACAAAAUUUUGGAAUUCAAUCACUCCUGUUCUAGAAGAAAAUAUUGGAAUUCAAUCACUCCUGUUCUAGAGGGAAAUAUUGGAAAUCAAUCACUCCUGUUCUAGAGGGAAAUAAAUAUAUACAAAUAGUCAAGAGAAAAGUCAUUUAAUUUAAUUGUACAGGUUGUCACAAUUUUAAGAUAAUGGAUAUUGUAUAGUAAUUAUUAUUUAUUGUUAGUUGUUGGACAUCAAUAAUGAAUUAAUUUUGUUUGUUAGUGAUGAGCAGGAUUCAGUGUAAAAAAUUUUAGAUUUGCUCAACCCUUGUAUUAAAAAGAUCUACAAUAUCUAAAAUGACACACCCAGUGGCUUAAAUACGGAUAUUAAUUUAUGGUUUUUUAAAAUUAUUUUAUUGAUGUACAGGCUUAUUUGUUAUGAUGCUUCAAAACAAAUGGAUGUCAGUGACGUGUAUGAGUAGGUAGAUUUAGGUUACACUUUCUUCUUUAUCUUUAAAAACAUAUCUUUGGAAGUCAACGAGAUCCAGUUAGGGAUUAUUAGGUACUUGAAUCCAUCAUACUAGUUUAAUGAAAAUAAUUGGUCUGUUGCAUGUCUUGGAAACUGUCAGGUGUUCGUGCCACCCUAAAUCUCCAAAUUAAUCUAUAAAGAAAGGUCCUGCAACCAAUCAGACCAAUUUCUUUCAUUUUUUACUGUGUUAAACUUAGACCAUAUAAAAGAAAAUAUUCUAUUUCUUAGAUACCCCUGCGCUAUGUAAGAAUAUUUUUUUUAAUAUGGCCAUUAUAACACAAUUUAUUGAUGCAGUCAUGUUCAUGUAUCAAUAAUUGUAUAAAAUAGCUGUUUCAUGUUGUACAGGACAUGGACCGAUAUAGUUUAUCAUGGAGUGCUAUAAUACAUUUAGUGCUACUUUAUUUAAAAGAGUUAUUAUUAUAUUAUGUAUAAGAACAUCUCUGAUGAAAUAUAUUAGAUGUGUAUUUACAUGUAUGACUUUUUACCAGAAAAUAAAAGCCAGAAUUAUCAA